UGAGUUUCAAGUCAGUGCCUCACUGUCUUCUGUCACACGAUUGCCUGUUAUUUAUCAGGCUCUUAAACACCCAAACAGCUUUCAGGGCUGGCUGGAUUUAGGAAAGAGAUUAUGCUACUAUCUUUUGGGUGAUCCAAUGGGAAUUACAUUGAUCUGGUGUUUAGCCCUGAUUCUUAUCAAGUGGAUUGCAUCCAAGAGGCGUGGAGCAAUUUCCUAUGACAGCUCUGAUCAAACUGCAUUGUAUAUUCGUAUGCUAGGAGAUGUGCGAGUAAGAAGUCGGGCAGGAUUUGAAACAGAGAGAAGAGGUUCUCAUCCAUACAUUGAUUUCCGUAUUUUUCACUCAAAUUCUGAAAUUGAAGUCUCUGUGUCUGCAAGGAAUGUCAGAAGGUUAUUAAGUUUCCAGCGGUACCUGAGAUCUUCUCGUUUCUUCCGUGGCAUUACUGUUCCAAACUCCUCAAACAUUUUAGAUGAUGAUUAUAAUGGACAAGCAAAGUGUAUGCUGGAGAAAGUUGGAAACUGGAAUUUUGAUAUCUUUCUUUUUGAUAGGCUAACAAAUGGAAAUAGUCUAGUGAGCUUAACCUUCCACCUGUUUAAUUUUCAUGGACUAAUUGAACACUUCCAGUUAGAUACGAUGAAACUUCGCAGAUUUUUAGUUAUGGUCCAAGAAGAUUAUCAUAGUCAAAACCCUUAUCAUAAUGCAGUUCAUGCUGCUGAUGUGACUCAGGCCAUGCACUGUUAUUUAAAAGAACCCAAGCUUUCCAAAUCUCUAACUCCAUGGGAUGUUCUGCUCAGUUUAAUUGCAGCUGCCACACAUGAUUUGGAUCACCCAGGUGUUAAUCAGCCUUUCCUUAUUAAAACAAACCAUUACUUAGCAACUCUGUAUAAGAAUACCUCAGUAUUGGAAAACCACCACUGGAGAUCAGCAGUGGGAUUGUUGAGAGAGUCUGGUUUAUUUGCACACAUGUCACUAGAAAAUAGGCAGCUGAUGGAAAGCCAGAUAGGUGCUCUCAUUCUUGCCACAGACAUCAGUCAGCAAAAUGAAUAUCUGUCUGUGUUCAGAACCCAUUUGAACAGAGGGGACUUAUGUUUAGAGGAUGCGAGCCAUCGUCACUUCAUUUUGCAGAUGGCUUUGAAGUGUGCUGAUAUUUGUAAUCCAUGUCGGACUUGGGAGCUAAGUAAGCAGUGGAGUGAAAAAGUAACAGAAGAAUUCUUCCAUCAAGGAGAUAUUGAAAAAAAGUAUCACUUGGGUGUGAGUCCGCUGUGCGAUCGACAGUCAGAAACUGUUGCUAACAUCCAGAUUGGUUUUAUGACUUACUUAGUGGAGCCAUUGUUUGCAGAGUGGGCCCGGUUUUCAAAUACCAGGUUGUCACAGACAAUGCUUGGACAUCUAGGACUGAAUAAAGCUAGUUGGAAGGGAAUGCAGAGAGAACAGUCCAGCAGUGGUGAUGAUACAGAUCCUGCUUUUGAGGAAAUGGACUCAGACAUAUUACCUCAGGAAAAUCGAUUGUCCUGACCUCAGAAUCUGCAUGACAAAACUGCCUCUUGGUAUCUGCACAGUUGGGGUUAGAGGAAAAACAUACGACUGCCCAGGGUUUCAGUAUAAACAAUGCCAGCAUUAUUUAUUUCCAAGUUUUCCUUUAACAGACCAUUUGAACCCAAUUUUUAAUUGCAAGAUCUGAACAUAGAGCAAUAUGCAUACAUAUGCCUCAGUUGGCUUUCAUUGGAACCUUGAAUAUGCAAAGCACAGCAAUGACUGAUCCCUGAUGGAACGAUACAAAAAGUUUUAUUACAUGCCACAUGUGGUUUUAGAGUUUGAAAUAAGGUCUUCAGAACCGAGACUUGACAUGGGUAUUUCCAUUUAUCUUGAAGUUUUGCAAGACUUCCCAUAAACAUGUGCAAAGCAUAUACCCUUCCAUUUAGUCCCUGUUUCAAAUCUGGAAAUGUGAAGUGCCCAUCCUCUGCUGCCAGUGGCAAGACUUGAUGUUUACAAACCUACUCUGAAACUCUUGGUUCUAGACUUCCCUCUGCGCCUGGCUGUGAAGGAACCACUAACCUUGGGUUUUCGUUUUUUAAAAGAGAUCGAAUUUGGGACUGCAGCUCUUUCUUUGGAUGCCAGAAAAGCCUCCCAUUUGCCAUAAUUGUGUUUGUGCACUGGGAAUGGAGCAUUCAUCAUAGAGCACAGCCAAGCUUUACUCCAGUGCUGUAUGGGAAUGCAGUUUUUUAAAAGCAGAAAACACUUCUGAAUUUGGGGAGGGGGGCGGGGGGAGGACAGUCCUAACUGUGUUGCGAUUCUGCAGUGAAAACAUUGCAUGUUGUUUUCACUAUUGUACACUUGAACUGCACAUGCAAGAAAAAGGUGGAAUGUCUAAACACCAUAAUCAGCUCAGGGUAUUUGCCAAUCUGAAAUAAAAUGGGAUGGGAAGUGUGUCCUUCAGAACAAGGGUACAAAUGCCCCUUUUCGCUGCAGUAUGUGUGUAUGUGUGGGUGUGUGAGUGUGCGUGGGGGAAGGGAGGGGAGGGAAGGGAUGGGGAAGGGUUUGAACGGCAACAUUUUUAUUUAUUCUUUUAGAAUGUGACAAUUUCAUGAACAGCCACAUUGGGAGGAACCUGUAACAAAUUGCUACAGAUGCCUUAAACUAUGCACAAAGCUAAGUGACCAAAUUCGUUUUUGAUUGAAAAAAAAAAAGACAAAAAAAAAAGUGCAUUGUUUACUUAUUCCUCCCUCUACUGAAACAUUAACCAUUUAUGGGUUUUUGAUGUGAAAAGGAGAAACGUUUUUUAGGACAAAAUUUAAGGACUAAUUUUAAACUUCAAACAUUCCAUUUUUGUAAUUUGUUUUACAUUGUUUUAAGUAAAGUAAGCACAACUGUUAUCUAGUUUGAGAGAAACUGGUGCUUUCUUUUAGUUCAUUUGUAUUUCCCUUGUUAUUACUGUAAAAGACUGUUUAUUAAUUCUGUUUACAGUUUGUUGCAACAGCCAUUUUUGGGAGAGCUUCAGUGUAAAGCCAUUUGUAAAGGCUUUGCCAUACUCAUUUUAAUAUGUGCCUGUUGCUGUUAACUUCUAACAAAUAAAAAAAAUCUUUUCACAUUAUGCUGCUGUACAUUUAAGUUACAUUUGAUUCCAGUAUUACAAGGUGAGAAUUAAGAUUGCAGUCAUCUUUCAUAAUAAAUCUUUAUUUUAACCCCAUUAUAAGUUGUCAUGUCAGUUCUGGAAACUGUCAUGCGGGCUUUAUGUCCUAACUUGUCUUCAACCUUUGCCUUCAGAUGCAAUUACAGGUCACUUAAAAUGGAUUUCUGACUGUUUUGUUUGUUGUCCCUUAGCUUAUAAUUGGGUGCUUAUUAUGCUUUUCUAUUUCAGUGGGUUAAGUCUCUCCAAUUUCAAAAUACAGUAUGCAGAUUUUGAAUAAGUUGUAAUUAAAUCCAUUUUUAUGGGGAUUGUUUUCUAGCCAAUCCUGCUUCCUUUAAUAUUAAGUUUCUUAUCAUUCUCAUUAGUAGAGAAGAAUCAAGCAUGAUGUACAAGAUUUUAGUUGCGGGUUGGAGGAAAAAAAGCUUGAAAGAGAUUCUUGAUAGUAACAGGUGUUUCUUUAGCUUAGGAAGUAAAUGUCUUCGUCUUUUGGUGCUGUGGUAUGUGGCUUGUUGCCAAAUUUCUAGUCACCAAGCUAUUAUGUCUUAAGAGUAUUACUUCCUAUAAUGCCAAAAAGAGGAGUCUCUUGUUUCUAGGGUUAAUUGUGAAAACUGCAAAUGGUUUUGAAAAUUGUGAAUAAACAUUUACUAUGACUGAAAACAUUUAAAACACUGACCACUUAAAAUCAGUGCUUUAUGUUUUGUCUUCUGCUGAAAUGCUGCUUCAGUAGAUACUUAUACUUUGACUUGCAAAGGGUCAUUUUAGGGCUGGAAUGUUCUUGUGAAUAUGUAGAAAGUAGUGUGAUUCUUGGACUAGAACUUCAAUUGUUUUUCAGAAGUAAAAAAACAUUUAGCUGAAGAAAAUCCCUCCCUGUACUUUUCUAUCAAGAUGCCUCCUUGCUCUGGGAAAGAACAUUUGCAUCAUGUUUUUGAUGCACCUUUUUAAUGAGAAGACUUAAAUCUCUUCCUACAAGAUCAACAUAAUCAGACUUACAGGAAUUGAUUCCCAGACCCAUAUACUAAGGUAGUACAAAAUGAUGCUUGUAGUACCUAACCAAACUCAAAAUUACUCACAAAAUAACCCUUAAAAGUCCCAUGUUGGACUUCUAAUGUCCCAGACCUUCCAGAACUUUGAAUUGAUUAAUGUGAAAGUUGUCUUGAAUGUAGUCUUGAAAUUACAGCUUCUUGCAGUAUGAUCACAAAUACCCUCUCAAAGUGUUUUCCUUUGGCUACAGAAAUGUGAUGAUUCUGCGUGGUAUGGGUGAGCCAUCGGCACCAAUUCUUGUAGUACUUGAGCCAAGGGAGUUAACUGUUUGCAGCAGUUGUCUACCCUAGGGCAGGGGUUGUCAACCAGGAAUAUGCAGGAAGGCCCUAGGGGGUACAUGGGGACAGAGCGCUGCCACCCACUGCCAGAAACUUACUACAGAACUCCUGAUGCACAGUAAGGGCUAAAUCAGGCUUGUCCAACACACGGCCCGCAUUUUCUGUGGACCGUGGUGCUGCGAUGGGAAAUGAAGGUAAACAUGGUUUACUUUCAUUCCUGCCCCUUGUCCCUCCCCCAGCCCCUCAGCAGCUUCCUAAUGGCUGCUGAAGGGCUAGGGCAGGGACAAGGUUCCCCCACACACCGCGUCAGCUUGACGUUGCUGACGCGGUGCGUGUGGGAAGAGGAGUGCAGAUCCGGCCCGCUGCUGCCUCCUGUCCCCAGUGCCAUGUGGGGAAGCCAUCGCUUCCCGGCCCUAGCAACUUGCUGCUCCCCGCCCACAGACAAGAGGCAGCCCGGCUUGGCUGCCUGGCCCUGGGUCACUGGCGGAGGUGAAGCAGCACAGGCAGGUGCCUCCUUCUGUCAGGCUGUUGGCAUUGUCCGCACUGUGCAGGGUGUUCCCAGGCUCGGGCGGAGCCUGCACUCGCUAUGCCCCGAAGUGCCACCCAGCCCUGGCCCCGGCUCCCUCCAGCCCGGCACGGUGAUGUGGACCCGUGGAGGCGGCGCGGCGGCUGGGCUUGCCCUCAUCGUCUGUUGUCUGCUGCCCGGCCGGGGCGCUGCAGGUAGGGCCAGGCUGGGCUGGACCAGGGUUGGGGCGGGAAGACGGUGCCUCCCCUGGGGCUGGGCCAGUGACUGUGGGCUCCUGGCACCUGUG